AUGUCUGUAGAUGGCAACAACCCAAGUUCCACGGCGGCGGCUGCAGCUCCUCAGCCGGAAUCUGGCUCAGUUCCUCUCGCAGCACAGAUCUCGUUAAAGGGAUUCGAGCUACCAGAGUUCCCUCCACAGGCCUCGCGUUUGCGGCAACUUACACUCACCGCGGACAUCAAGCUCGACGAGUACCAGGGAAAGGUUCAGAUGCCGUUGGACGCCGGCGCCAUCGCGCAACCGCCGCUGCCGACUCUGCCGCCAUCCAUCACACACCUUACUCUAGAGUUGUUCGGCCUCGGAUUCCCCGGGCGCCCUCCGUUUCUGGAACAACUUGCCAGGGCGCUGCCGAACAUCACCACUUUAACCUUCUUCAGUUGUCUGAUUGACGGGCUGGACGAUGCCUCACGGAAAGACGCAGAAGCAUUCUUCCAACUUCUCCCUCAUCUGCAAGAGCUCCAUGUCAUCGACUCGUUCGCCCGUCCUGGCUUCUUCAGAACCAUUGGUGGGAUAUUCGAGGAUCGUUCUAAGCAAGGUCAAGACAGCCUUAAAAUGGUUGAAGUCAGCUACACCUUCCGAGGACACCAGGACAGGGACUUCCUCGCGCGAGUACAGGGUGAAGAACUGCCCAACCUGAUAGUCGGGGGUGUGGUGGGUGCCAGCUUCGACUUUAUGCCAGAAAUGGUGGACGAGUUGGUUGAGGGUGAAACUGAGACUGCUAAAGCCGAAGAGGAGAGACCGGACGGAGACAAAGAAAAAGAAAAAGAAAAAGUGGCCGAGGGCAUAUUGCCAUUCGCGAGUGACGGCCGAGCGCCAACAGCGCUCAAGAAGAGAUUCGAGCAUCUGCGCACCGAAAGCCUCCAGAGUGUGAAAGUGCUGAAUCUAGGCAUGUGGUCCCUCCGUCCGGUCGAGGUCGGGGAGAUUCUCUACGCCUGCGCUGGAGGAGGUAAGGCCGGUCUGGCUGAUCUGACCGUCAGCAUCCUGCUCGAGGACAACUGGUUUGAAGAGUUCAUCAAAGGCUUUAUCAGGCACAAGGGCAUCGGCGCAGAGCUCGAAGGGGUCGAAGUCAUCGGUGCCCCGGACCGAGCUAAACGCGAAGGCGAAGGCAAAGACGAAAACGAAGACGAAGCUAAAGGCGCCGACAGAGACGAAGACGAAAACGAAAAAGGUCGGACCCAUGGCUUGUCCUUGGUGAGGCAGGCUGAUGUGGAAAAGCUCGGCCAAAUUUGUCCCAAACUGGCCAAAUUUGGAAUGAGCAUUCUCAAGGUCAAGAGUGCGCCUCAUCUGCUGUUCUUCAAGGAUCAAGGUGGGUGGACACAGCAGUAG